AUGGGUCGCGGUGGGCAGCGCCAUAGCAAGAAUGCCGGGGUCAUGGGCUCCGAGGCCCUCACAUACAGCGAGAAAAGGAAACUCGGAUACGGCACCGUGACGGAGCGCUUGGGAAAGGAUUCGCAAGGCAAUUUCGAUGACUGCGCUCUGACUCUGCAGCCGGCAAAGGAUCCUGUCUGCACACCCGAUGGAAUCGUCUAUAGCAGGGAGGCCAUCUUGGAGAACCUCCUGGAACAACGGAAGGCCAACAAGCGGAAAUUAGCAGCAUGGGAAGCCCAACAGGCAGAGGAGCAACGGCAGGCAGAUGAGAAGGCACGCCUGCAGGCAGAGGCAAGGCUCGUGUCCUUCGAUCGACAGAAUCACAUGGGUGCAUCAGACUCGACGGUCAACAAGCUUCAAUCUGCUUUCAAGCAGACAGCAGACCACAUGCAUGAUGACAAGAUGGCAAAGAGUGUUGUGUCAAUACAGGAGAACAAGGAGCGGAUGAAAGAAUUGAAGUCUUUCUGGCACCCAUCCCAAACGCCACAGGCCAGAGGUGCUCUGAACAAGCCGUCAAUGGACACAUUGUGCCCGGGCACAGGCCGGAAACUGCGCCUCAAGGACCUGAUCCAGUUGAAUUUCACAAGGGCUCCUCCAGAGGAUGGGGGAAGGUAUAUGGAUCCUGUGACAAGGACGACAUUCACAAACACCAGCAAGCUGGUGGUGCUCAAACCUGGGGGUGUGGUGAUGCUACAGGAGACGUAUGAGAAAUGUGUGAAGCCUGAUGGCAAAUACGAAGGGAAAGAAGUAACCAAAAAGGAUGUCAUUCAGCUUCGACAUGGCGGUACUGGGUUCUGUGCACGCGAUGAGGGCAAGGUUGAGGCGAAACGGCAUUGCCCCCUGGGUCCAGGAAACGGCUUGGCAGACCUUCGAGGACAGCAUCAGGGACCUAGGUCUCAUGGGGGUCUGCAGUUUUGGAACUGA